AUGACGGUACCAAUCGUCGGAGACUCGUCCAUCCUCCUCUUCCGGAGUGACGAGUCUAGUGCUCAUCGGACCUCAAUUCGGUUCCUACGGCCUUCUUCCUCCUCCUUCUCAACUUCUCCUACAUCCACGAGUUCAGUAUUUUCCAUUACCCAAUCCAAUCAAAACUCAAAAGGGUGGCUGGCGGCCAUCGGCCUAUUGGCUCGUGCCGAUAGGCCUUCGGCUCGCGAGCACGAGCCAAUAGGCUCGUGGUCGGCCGAUUGA